AUGGUUAGGGAAACCAAGUCGAGACUUCUAUGGAAUAUUCCAUGCCUGGUAAUAUCACUGGCAGAUGUGUCAGCUGAAUUAUACUUGAAUUUCCGCCCAAACGCUUAUAAAACAACCGCUGUUCAUAACAAAGGAUAUCUCUUUCCGAUCCUUUUCCCGCCGGUUGCCAUAAUUGUAUUGUUUUUAACUUUGCCUGCUCUCAGGCGGGCUAUUUUCCCAUGUUGCUACAGUAAUGAAACCGAUUCCGAUCGAAUGUUCCUACUUCGACGUAACACCAACUCAUCCAGCGGUUCCCCAGCUCCUUCUGAGCAAUCCAGUGUCACUAACCACCCGAUAAUCACGUACCCCAGCAAUACCGUAGUCCCCUACAACACAGAACCCCCUCCAUUUUAUCCAUACUAUACUAUGCCUCAUGUAUAUCAGCCUGGAUUUCGUCAAGGGUAUGGACAACAUUUUGGCCAGACUCCUGGUCAAUUUUGUCCUCCGGAAAAUGGUCAACCAAUGUACUUUCCGAUUCCAAUAACUUUCUAUAAUCCUUCGAAUGUUCCGCUGAUCAGAAAUCCAAAUGAUUUACCACCGGUGCAGUGA